AUAAGGAAAGUCAAAAACAGAUAAGAGGAGCGAUGAAUAAUGAAUGGACAAGAGAAGAGAAUACAGAAUUCAUUCGUCAAACCUAAAGCAAGAGAGAGAAACCGUCAUUUUCAAGCAGCCUGCAAAUAAUAAAGAAGACGAACAAGAACAAAGAAGGAAGAAGAAGACGAUGAUGAAUUCCUAGAGAGACAAUCUCAAAUAAUAAUAUUAAUAUUACUUUUCGGUUUCAUUUCUUCACAAUUCAUUCACACAUACGACGUUUUCCAUCCAGAUUCCGUCGUAGAUUCAUUCAUUGAUUGAUUCAUCGAUUAGAUAGAAGAUAGAUUAUACUAUUACGAUUUUGAUUUGUUCUAAGUCCUUGCUAAUCUGUUUAGAGAUCUAUGGCGUCGGCUGCAAUAUUCUCCUCGCUCCGUCGUAGGAGAUCGCCUUCGCUUGAGGCGUUCUUAGCGCCGGUAGAUCUAACCGGCGUUGCUCUCAUUGAAACCCUAGCCGCAGUUGCAUCUGAGCUUCAAACGACGUUUUCCGAUAAGAAACUUCCCUUUCAACGAAGGAAUUCGCGUUCUCUGAUUCGUAAGGUUGAGGUGUUCAUCAUACUGUUGGAGUUUCUUCGAGAUUCGCGUUCUAUUUUGCCUACAUCGGCGGUUCUGUGUUUCAAGGAGCUGUAUCUGUUGAUGUAUAGGUCGAAGUUACUUCUGGAUUACUGCUUCCACUCGAGUAAGUUAUCGCUACUGCUUCAGAAUCAUUCUAUAUCUGGCAAUUUUCAUGAUCUUAAUCAGGAGAUUUAUACACUUUUGGAUGUUCUUCCAUUGGAUGAACUCAAUUUAAGUGAUGAUGUUGGAGAACAAAUUGAAUUGAUGCAAAAACAGGCUAGAAGGUCUAAAUUGUUAAUAGAUAAACAUGAUGAAGCAUUAAGGUUGAAUUUCUUUUCAUUCCUGGAUGAAUUUGAGAAUGAUCGAAUUCCAGAUCCUGUUGAGUUACAAUCGUUUUACGUCGAAAAACUAGGGUUCCAAAGCCCGAAAGAUUUCGUAGCUGAGAUUGAGUUUCUCGAAGAACAAAUCAAUCACGAUGGAGACCUUGAACCAACUGUAUCCGUUCUGUAUGGAUUCGUAGCAUUAACACGAUACACUCGGUUCUUAUUGUUUGGAUUUGAGGAUGAAGAGGUUGAAUUAGAAUCAAGGAAGACGAAGAAGAAGCCUAAGAAAGGUCUGGUUACUCAAGAAAUUGCAGAAACAUUCUUCACCGUUCCAAAGGAUUUCUGCUGCCCAAUCUCACUCGAAUUGAUGAGAGAUCCCGUGAUAAUAUCAACCGGACAAACCUAUGAUCGAGCCUCUAUAUCGAGAUGGAUGGACGAAGGCCACACCACCUGCCCUAAAACAGGACAAGUUCUUCUUCACAACAGGAUCGUAUCAAAUCGAGCUCUUCGAAAUCUAAUAAACCAAUGGUGCAUCGCCCACGAAAUCUUCUACGAUCCAUCAGAUAACGCAGACUCUCAUUCGGAAUCCCUAGCACCAGCUUCCGCGAGCAAAGCCUCGAUUCGAGCCAACAAGGCGACCACGAGCAUCCUUAUCCAACAGCUAGAACAGGGAACAGAAUUCGUGAAAACCAUAGCAGCAAGAGAGAUACGUUUGUUAGCGAAAACGUGUAGACAAAACCGCGCAGACAUUGCAGAGGCGGGAGCGAUCCCUCAUCUGAAAGCGCUGUUAUCGUCUCCAAAUCCCGUCGCGCAGGAAAACAGCGUAACCGCCCUUUUGAACUUGUCGAUAUACGAGAAGAACAAGGCGGUUAUAAUGGAGGGCGGUUGCUUGCGUUCGAUAGUCGAAGUGUUGAGAUUCGGCCAUACAACCGAAGCUCGAGAGAACGCCGCAGCCACAUUGUUUAGCCUAUCCGCGAUUCACGAAUUCAAGAAGAGAAUAGCGGAAGAAGACGGUGCCAUCGAAGCUCUUUCCCGUCUAUUGAGAGAGGGAACGCCACGAGGAAGGAAAGACGCGGUCACGGCCUUGUUCAAUCUCUCAACGCACGUGGAUAACUAUCAAAAAAUGGUGGAUUUCGGCGCGAUAACCGCGUUGGUUUACACCCUCGGGGUCGAGGGUAUCGGGGAGGAGGCUGCAGGGGCGUUGGCAUUGAUCGCGAGGCAACCUGUUGGUGCGGAGGCGGUUGGGAACGAGGAGAUGGCGGUUAAUGGUUUGAUCGGUUUGAUGCAAUGCGGUUCUCCGAGGGCGAAGGAGAACGCGGUUGUGGCAUUGUUGGAAUUGUGUAGGACGGGUGGGACGAAUGCUGCGCAUAGGGUGUUGAGGGCUCCGGCUCUGGCCAAUUCGCUUCAGAAACUUUUGUUUACGGGGACGAAACGGGCGAGGAGAAAGGCGGCGUCUCUUGCUAGGGUUUUUCAAAGGUGCGAACAUUCGUCGUCUUUGAGUUCCGGGCAAGGUAGUAGGGAUGCUGGUUUUGGUGGGGAGGUAUCUGUUUCAAUGUCAAUUUCUGUUCCUGUUGUAUGAUUUAAAUUAAUUUCAGAUUAGUUUAGCUUAAGUAAUUCCUCAUCCUACUACUCCCCAAGUUUAAAUUUGAUCAUUUUUUGUUGUUGUAAAAAAAACCCUAAAAUUCUUUUAUUGGUAUAUCAAAGGAAAGGGAAGAAGAAUGAAUAUAGUAGGGAGAUUGGUUGGUUAUAAAUUUCUAUAUGUUUUGUUCAAUAUGA